AAAAAAAAAAAUGGCUGAGGAAGUUUUACCCAUAACUCGACAAGUAACUACGGAAAGCCGGGAAACUGGGACCGCUUUUGUCGAUAUCCAUCUGCAGGACGUCGAGGAUUGUUUAAUUUACGACCGGCACGGAGUCUCUGCUGCGUUCAGGAGCUUAUAUCAAGAAAGGAAAUCGAUCAUAAUUUUCGUUCGGAACUUCCUGUGCUACAGCUGCAAAGAGUAUGUGGAGGAUUUGAGCAAAAUACCCAGAGAGGCACUGGAGGAUGCUGGAAUUAGACUGGUUGUGAUCGGUCAGUCUGCUCAUCAUCAUAUUGAGCCAUUCUGCUCGCUGACGGGAUAUCCUUACGAAAUAUACGUGGACCCGGAGAGGUGCAUCUACCAAAAGCUCGGCAUGAAGCGAGAGGAGAAAUUUUCCGACUCUGCGAACCCCAGUCCCCACGUCAAGUCCGGUAUGUUUGCGGGCCAGAUGAAGAGUAUAUGGAGGGCCAUGACUAGUCCUGCAUUUGACUUUCAGGGUGACCUACAUCAGCAGGGUGGAGCCAUCAUCGCAGGACCUGGCUCUCAAGUUCAUUUCGCCCAUUUUGACAUGAACCGACUCGACCACAUGCCCAUUAACUGGCUCCUUCAGCUCGCCGGAGUUCAGCAGACGCUGGAUUUCAGCAAUAAGCCAAAGAUAAUGCAUGUGUAGCUGCAGCUGCUGUAAGAGAUGUUGCCAUGAACUUUGGCAAUUUGCAUAAUAUCUCUGGGUGAUGCACUUUCUUCGACACCAGUGUAGUUCUUAUAAAGCGUGGGCUGCAUUUGGGUUUUAAUAUGCUACUGCUGGUGAAUCUGUCUCUACAAAGAUGCACACCAGAGGUAUGUUUGAAGAAUGGAGUGCUACUUCAUCUUGGUCAGGGUGCACGAGGUCCAGUCCUUCAGUCUUAGAUUUAAAUAAUAAUGUUUCACUGUGGCUAAGGUAGGAUUAGCUCUCCUGUUUGUCUACUCACAUACCCCCUUCUGUCACUACUGCACAUCUCAUUUUUAUUUUCCUUGGCUGUGCUUUGGAUGCUCCACCCUGACAUUUACAUCAAAGAAGUUAACACGGCUCAGAUUUGCUUAAAUUUGAACGCUGACCUAAAAAUGGAGCAGAAUCUUAAAUAUUCCUUUU